AUGCGUCAUAAAGUAUUUUUAUCUACUGUAAUUGUAGCCACAAUUUUUCAUUUUGCUGGACUCAUUGCCAAUCUGUUUAUUGCAAUUUUCUAUGGUAAGAAUUGGAUAAAAAAUCAUAGAAUUGCCUCUUCCGACAGGAUCUUGUUGAGCUUGGGAAUUGUGCGGUUUCUUAUGAUGGCUCUUUUCCUUAUAAAAACGAUCUGCAUCAUCAUCUUUCCAAGUAUUUUCGGGUCAGUCCAAGUAUUUAUUUUCUUCCUGGUGUGCUGGAUGUUUUUGGAUUCCAAUAGUCUGUGGCUUGUGACUUUGCUGAAUGCUUUGUACUGCGUGAAGAUUUCUAACUUUCAACACACAAUGUUUCUCCUGCUGAAACAAAAUUUCUCCUCAAAGAUCCCUGGGCUACUGCUGGCUGGUGUGCUGAUUUCUGUCUUUUUAACCUUCCUAUACAUUGGACUCAGACUGACAUUAUAUCCUGCUGUAUCUGUGAGUGGAAAAAAUGUCACAGAGUUAGAUAUGAAGAACGUCUUGUCUUCAGUGGCUUGCUUUGUCUUGAGUUCUUCUCUACAGUUUAUUAUGAAUGUGACGUCAGCUUCUUUGCUAAUAAAUUCCUUGAGGAGACACAUACAGAAGAUGCAGAGAAAUGCCACUGGCUUUUGGAAUCCUCAGGUGGAAGCUCAUGUAGGCACCAUGAAACUAAUGAUCUGUUUCCUCAUCUUCUACAUCCCCUAUUUUGUUGCCACCAUGCUCUAUUCUUUAGGGUACUUUGCAAGACUCAGUGUGGCAGUCAAAUCUGGGUGCAUGGUAAUUUCCUCCCUUUACCAUCCAGGACAUUCUAUUCUCAUUAUUCUGACACAUCCUAAACUGAAAACAAAAGCAAAGAAAAUUCUCUGUUUCAACUGA